AUGACGGAUCGUGCCGGAGCCCUCCCGGCUAAGCCCAAGCUGCCCAAUCUCCUGACCGAGAACCUUAACUUGGCCUUCCUGAACCGCCUUCCUCGGCGUUAUCACAGCCGUCGUCGCCCUAGAACAAAGUCCAACGCUCGAGAUCAGGGCGUCGAGGAUAUCACCAGUCUCUACACCUCCUUUAGUGUAUGGGAUGGGUUGCGCGACUUGCAAAAACACGAGUUCAAAAAGACGGAUCUGCAAUACAUCUUCCUCCUCUUUCUCACCCUCUUUUCUCUCUACAUUGCGCCCUCGGCCCCGGCGCUCAAGUUCUUCGCCCUCGUCGCCUCCGCCUGGCUGCUUCUCAUGCCCGCCACACGCCAGAUUCUGCUCCCCUCGUCCAUGAUUUGGAUUUGGCUGCUUUACUUCUUCUGCAGUCGCUUCAUCGACUACAAGUAUCGUCCGCAUAUCUGGGUUCGCGUUCUCCCUGCCCUCGAAAACGUCUUGUAUGGCGCGAACUUGUCCAACAUCCUGUCCGCCCACAAACAUCCUGUCCUCGACAUCUUGGCCUGGUUACCUUACGGUAUCAUUCACUUUGGAGCGCCGGCCAUUUGCUCUCUCAUUCUAUUCAUCUUUGCCGCGCCCGGCACUGUCAACGUCUUUGCGCGCACCUUUGGCUGGAUGAGCAUUUGUGGUGUCACAAUUCAGCUCAUGUUCCCAUGCACACCGCCAUGGUAUGAGAAUGAGAACGGUCUCUCGCCCGCGGCAUAUGGCAUGCAUGGCUCUCCCGCUGGCCUCGCGCGCGUCGACGCCAUUUUCGGAAUCGAUCUCUACACCACUAAUUUCACAAACGCCCCUCUGCCCUUUGGCGCAUUCCCUUCGCUCCACGCCGCUAAUGCCGUUCUCGAAGCUCUCUUUAUGAGCCACGCCUUCCCUCAGUUCCGCAACUUCUUCAUCGUGUACGCUGGCUGGGUUUGGUGGGCUACCAUGUAUUUGAGCCACCACUACGCCGUUGAUCUGGUCGGAGGCGGUCUCAUUGCCGCUGCCUUCUUCUACACUGCCCGUGCUAGGUGGUUGCCGCAGAGACAGGCCGACAAGCUGACGCGCUGGGAAUACGACUAUGUCGAGAUUGGCAACCGUCAUACCAUUACUGACGAAGAAUACGGUCAAUACUUCGGUCUGAAUAUCAUUGACAACCGACGAUCGAGCCAAAGCGACGACUGGACCCUCGGCAGCAGCUCGAGCUGCAGCUCUAGUAGUGGAACUCUGAGCCCAGUUACCUCUGAGGAGACAAUACCUGGGCUGUUGGAUCUGGAUACCGAGCACGACGGACAAUGGGAUCGCAACAGCCAGCGCAGAGACGUCGAGCUCAGCGAUGUUGUUGUCAGAUGA